CACAACAUCUUUAUUUGUAUGUGGUGCUGAGGAUUGAACCCAGGGCUGUGCGCAUGCCAGAUGUGGAAGACCAAGCCUGCACCCUCUGCCCUCAAGAUGUCCAUGCAGGGGCCACAGAAUGGAGAGGAUCUCAACCACCAACCCUGGUACCAUGGACUCCUAUCCCGCCAGAAGGCCGAAGCUCUUCUUCUGCAAGAUGGCGACUUCCUGGUCCGUGCCUCCGGGUCCCGUGGGGGCCACCCUGUGAUCUCCUGCCGCUGGCGGGGCUCCGUUCUACAUUUCGAGGUGUUUCGUGUGGUCAUGCGCCCCCGGCCAGGCCGACCAGCAGCUCUCUUUCAGUUGGAGGACGAGAGGUUCCCCAGCAUGGCUGCCCUGGUUCUCAGUUACGUGACCGGCUGCCGCCCGCUGUCCCGGGCCACAGGGGCUGUGGCCUCCAGGCCUGUGAUUCGGCAGGGGCCUCUGCGGCGCAGCUUUAGCGAGGAUAUACUGAUGGACUGCCCAGUCCGCACAGGACAUUUCAGGGACAGGAAGUGGAGCAACAGUCAGCCUGCAGACUUGGAGCUCACAGGGGAGUCAAAAGAAGACCACUCUGGACCAGGAACCUCUACUAUGCCGAUAUCUGCCCUGCUCCGGACAGGCAGUGACCCCGUGUUGCCCAAGGCCCCCGCUCCCCUGGGGACUAUUGCUGACAAUCUCAGAGCCUCCGAUGGCCAACUUCAUGCUAAGGCACCAACCAAGCCCCUCCGGACACCCUCACUGGUGCUUACUGGAAGACCCCCGACCUACUGUGAGCUGGUGCCCCGAGUGCCCAGUGCCCAGAGAAUACCUCCUGGCCAAAGCUGUUUGGAGCCAGAGUCACCAUGGUGGGAGGAGGAGGAGGAGGAAAUGGUGAAGGAGGACAAAUGUUUUGCAAGGCCACAGGAGGAGGUCUCCUUUUGCCCCCCUGAUACCCGAUCUUGCCUGCUGGGUCCCCAGAAUCGGCCCCUGGACCCCAAAGUCUUGUGUAUUCUCCGUGGUUUGUUCCUGGAUCACCAUCCUGGGAGCACCGCCCUCCACUUGCUAUUGGUGGACUGCCAGGCUGCAGGCCUCCUAGGAGUGACCAAAAUUCAGCGAGCUGCCAUGGGCGUCGCUUCGGGCCUGGAACUGCUCACGCUUCCCCAUGGGCAUCGCUUGAGGCUGGAACUGCUGGAGAGGCUAGAGACGCUGGCCCUGGCCGGGGCGCUGGCGGUGCUGGGCUGCUCUGGACCGCUGGAGGAGCGCGCAGCCGCACUGAGAGGCCUGGUGGAGCUGGCUUUGGCGUUGCGGCCAGGGGCAGCAGGGGACCUGCCCGGGCUGGCUGCGGUCAUGGGAGCCCUUCUUAUGCCACAGGUGUCCCGGCUGGAACACACGUGGCGCCACCUCCGACGGAGCCACACAGAGGUUGCGCUGGCCUUCGAGCAGGAGCUGAAGCCGCUGAUGCGGGCGCUGGAUGAGGGAGCGGGACCCUGCGACCCUGGCGAGGUGGCGCUGCCGCACUGGGCGCCCGCGGUGCGCCUGCUGGAGGGCGAGGAGCUUGCGGGGCCGCUGGAGGAGGGCUGCGAGCGGCUGCUGCGGACCCUGCACGGUGCGCGUCAGAUGGCCGGCGACGCGCGCAAGUUCCGCAAGGCGGCUGCCCAGCGCCUGCGAGGAUUCCAGCCUAACCCGGAACUGAGGGAGGCCCUGACCACUAGUUUCAUGCGGAGGCUGCUCUGGGGGAGCCGGGGCGCCAGUGCGCCCCUAUCAGAACGCCUGGAGAAGUUCCAACAUGUGCUUAGCAUCCUGUCGCAGCGUCUAGAGCCUGACCGCUAAGACAAGAGACACCCUUCUUUACACCAGGACCCCAAACUUCCAGGGACCUCCAAGGAGACCAAGGAAGUUGCCUCAGGCUUCUCACAGCCUUGAGCAGUGGAAACUGGCUCCAGGCCUCACAAAAAGGAGGCAAUCCAAGUUUGCAAAAAUGCACAAGGAUCCUGGGGUGGGGGUGCAGCAGCCUCCUGCCUCACCCUAGAAGACUGACCUAGGUAAACUGGAGGCCACGCUCCUGCCACACACACACACACCCCACAGCUGGGAACACCCAGAAAGCAAUGCCCGGUGGAGAACAUGUGGCUUUUCUUGGUAAGAGAACUUGCAGAUCUAGUAUCAGGAGUUCAAAUUCGACUGUACUUCUGAAAAGCUGUGUGACUUUCAGCAGAUCAUUUCACUUCUCUGUGCUGACCUUCAACACAAAAGUGAAACUGUGUGCUUUCUAGGGUUUGUGGCUGAGAUGAAAGCUUAAUGUUCCAAUCAGAUCAUGGUGGAGAAUGCCUGGCACCCAGCAGGUACUCAAUAAACCCUACCCAUUCUCAGUAAGCUA